AUGGCGAACGCUGAAGAACCGGCCGACGUGGAGCGCGGCGCAGCGCAAUACACGGACGAACGAUGGGUACUAGAGGAGCUUCGCAAGCCCGUGACGUUCAUGGACCGCGUACGCUUCCUUAUCGCAACAAGAUUCAAUAACCGGCUCAUGCCGGGGCUUCGCUACGUCUCAAUACGCGGAGGGAGCAUCCCCCGCAGCUUCAUGUGGAACGGUAUAAAGAACACGAAGUACAACGUGCUGACCUUCCUGCCGUACGUGCUCUUCGAGCAGUUCAAGGUCUUCAUGAACCUCUUCUACCUGCUCAUCAGUCUCUCGCAGUUGAUUCCGGAUCUGGCGGUAGAAUCGGCGAUCACGUACUUCGGGCCGUUGGCGCUGGUGCUCUUCGUGGCGCUGCUCAAGGAGGGUUGCGAUGACUACAAGCGCUAUCUGCGUGACAGGGAGGCCAAUUCGCAGAAGUAUGAGAUACUGACUGACGAAGGCAUCAAGGAGAUAAAUGCGGAAAAGAUCACCGUCGGUUCCAUCGUGAAGUUGAGUAAAAACCAGCGCGUUCCAGCGGACAUGAUACUGCUGCGCUCCUCGGAGGCCAACGGCAGCAGCUUCAUCAGAACGGACCAGCUGGACGGCGAGACGGACUGGAAGCUGAAGAAGGCGGUGCAUGUGACGCAGCGUCUGCAAUCUGCGGAGGACAUUGUGAAGCUCAAUGCCGUAUGUUGCUGCGAGCCGCCACGCCAGGAGAUUUACUCCUUCUACGGCAAGAUGACAUUCUACCACGACGGUGAAUUGCUCACGAAAAACGCGAUUCCGACUUUAUCUAGGGACCUCAAAAGUGAGGCCUUACGACAGAGCAUGUCGUCCGCAAAAGAGGACCACAGCACUGCGGACGACAUGCGUAGCCUGCAUAACUCGUUCUCUAUGACGUCCCAGGGCUAUUUUGGUGACCUGCAGAAGGUGGAUGGCGAUUCAGAUAUGGACGUUGUGGUUGAACCUCUGACCGUGGACAAUGCCCUCUGGAUGAACACCAUUGUGGCGGCGGGGACAUUGUAUGGGUUGGUCAUCUACGUCGGAAAGGACGUAAGAGCGUCGCUAAAUGCGCGACGUGCGCGCUACAAAAUCGGUUGUUUCGACUGGGAGGUCAACCUCAUGACCAAGGUGCUCUUUUCCAUACUACUGGGCAUGUCUGUUGCGAUGGUGAUACCGGGAGGGUUUGUGGGCAGGUGGUACAUUACGCUCAUCAAGUUCCUGCUGCUAUUCUCGACCAUCAUUCCCAUCUCGUUGCGUAUCAACCUGGAUAUCGCGAAAUUCACAUACUCGAGAGCGAUGGCGUUGGACAACGAGAUACCGGGAACGGUGCCGAGAACCACACUGAUUCCCGAGGAGCUGGGUCGUAUCGAAUACCUGUUGUCUGAUAAGACCGGCACGCUGACGCAGAACGUAAUGAACCUGGACCGCAUCCAUAUCGGGCGUGCGCUGUUCCAGCUGGACGACCUGGAGACCAUCCGGCAGCUUGUGGACAAGCACUUCAUGGAUUACGUUAGCAGCCAAGCGGACUCAUCAGAAUCCUUUUCAUACAGUGACGAAGGCAGUAAAUCACGCUUGUCUUUGCGAGCGUCGCGAUCUGGUUCCAUGCAGGACAACUCGAUGUCGGGGCAGGCCAGCACCAGUCAGGGCGCACCAGCGAAGAUCAUGAGGAAAUCGGCGAUCUACAUACCACACACAAAGGUAUCUCAGACCAGCGAGAUGCAAACGAAGCUUUCACUGGCUAUACUGUCGCUGGCAAUAUGUCACUCUGUCACACCCAUCGCCGACAAGGAUGACAAGCUGGACUUCCAGGCGUCAUCGCCAGAUGAAAUCGCCAUGGUUACAUUCGCACGCAUGUGCAAUGUGGAGCUCCGGGAGCGUGAUGAGACCAGGAUGGUCUUGCGCGUGCGUGGCAGCAUACUCCUGACCUACAAGAUUUUGAUGGUGUUCCCCUUCAGCUCUGAGACCAAGAGGAUGGGAAUCAUCGUCGAGGACGAAGAUACCAAAAUGAAGUUUUUCUUCUGCAAGGGGGCGGAAUCUGCGCUUAUAAAACUGCUGCAACCCCGUGGUUCCGUCUGGCUGGGCGAGGAGUGCGACAACAUGGCACGCCUUGGGCUGCGCACGCUCGUCUUCGGUUAUCGGCAUCUGUCGGAUGCGGAAUUCAGUGCAUUCGAAUCACGCUAUCGCCAUGCGCAGCUGAGCUUGAACGACAGGGAGGAAAUGAUCAAGAGGGUUAUUGCAACCAUUGAGCGUGACCUGAUCCUGGUCGCACUCAGCGGUGUGCAGGAUAACCUGCAGCCACAUGUGAGGAGCACGCUGGAGGCGCUGCGUGACGCCGGCAUCAAGAUAUGGAUGCUUACGGGCGACAAGGUGGACACGGCCAAAUGUAUCGCAAUAUCCGCUGGAAUCAAGGACAAGAGCCACUCGCUCUGCCAGAUCACGUCGGACAACACCAAAGACAAGGAUGACAUCAAGCAGAAGCUGGAGAACUUCUCCAUGGGGCCAACAUCCACGAUGUUGGUUGUGGAUGGCACCGUUGUUGCAACCAGCAUAAAGGAGUUUUCUAAGUUUUUCAUCAUGGUUGCAACCAUGGCACCCGCGGUGCUCUGCUGCCGCUGCACACCUUUCAUCAAGGCUGAGCUCGUGCGCCUCAUCAAGCAAUACACCGGGAAGCGCACGUGCGCUAUCGGAGAUGGUGACAACGAUGUUCCGAUGAUCACGGAGGCGGACGUCGGAAUCGGUAUCGUGGGUAAGGAGGGGCUGCAGGCGAGCCUGUCAGCGGACUACUCCAUCCACCGCUUCCACUAUAUCAAGCGGAUCAUACUAUGGCACGGACGCAACAGCUACAAGAGCUCGGCAUCGCUCACGCACUUCAUCAUACACAGGGGAAUGAUCAUCGCCGUCAUGCAGGCGCUCUUCUCGGCCAUGUACUUCUACAUGCCGCUGGCAUUCUUCCAGGGGUGGCUGCAAAUCGGGUUCUCCACAUACUACACUAUGCUGCCGCUAUACAGUUUGGUGCUAGAUUACGAAAUUGAGGAGUCAGUGGUAUUCCUCUUCCCCGAGCUGUACCAGACCUUGCACACGGGUCGAGUGAUGUCGGUUAAGACGUUCCUGAUUUGGGUUUGGAUCUCGGUGUUCCAGGGUGCGAUUCUCAUGCUGGGAGCCAUCAUCCUCUUCGAGAACUCGAUGCUCAGCCUGGUGUCGGUCGCCUGCACGUCCCUGUUUGCGCUGGAGCUGCUGAACAUCUACACCGAGCUGCACACCUGCCAUCCGCUGACCAUGGUGAGCAUGAUAUGCACCGCCGUGGUCUACUUCUACUCCAUCCUGAUCCUGCGCAACUACUUCGACUUCGCCUUCAUCGCAACCACGGCCUUCGUGUGGAGGGUCAUCGUCAUCACGCUGGCGGGCUGGCUGCCCAUCUACGUGUUCAAGUGCGUUCAGCAGCUGCUGCAGCCGCCGCAGUCGCGCAAGCUAACUGUUUGA